AUGGAGAUGCUGUCUCUCUUGAAGGACUUGGACCAAGACAAGUACAAGUGUCACUUCAUCAUGGGCGAAACAGAUUCCACAUCCUUGAAGAAGGUCCAGGCCACACGCCCUGAUUUGGCGGCGAAUCUUCAGCACUUCCACACAAUUCCGCGAAGCCGAGAGGUUGGCCAGUCGUGGGCAUCUUCGCUUCCCUCGACUUGCAGGGCCUUCAUCGCGUGUUUGAGUCUCGUUUGGAAGCUCUGCCCACAGGUUUUAAUUGUGAAUGGGCCGGGCACAUGCGUACCUGUUGUGGCUGCUGCUCUGCUCUUCGAGCUAGUGGCUUUCCGAAACCUGUCGCUUGUGUUCGUCGAAAGCGUAUGCCGAGUCAAGUCAUUGUCUAUGACUGGAAAGCUCUUGUACCUGGUCUCCGACAGUUUUGUCGUGCACUGGCCAGAACUCGCAGCGAGGUACCCAAAGGCUCAGUACCUGGGCGUUCUGCUUUGA